GGGGAGGGGAUCCCGGCGCCUCUCCUAGGCAAGGUGCCAAGCAGCCCCCACCCCCCCCCGUCCCGGGCAGCGCGUCUCCCUUGGCGCUGGUGUGCGGGUGGCCCCCCUGCCCGGAAAUGCACCUUUGCGCGUUUAGUCCUGGGAACAUGUUCCUGUUUGCGUGACCUGCCCCGGCCUUUCCCCCACCCCAGCCCCAGCCUUCACUGGGACUUGCUCCCAGCCAUCCCCUCCGCCUCAAAAAAGAAUCAAACCAUAAACACGUGGGGGGUGGCAUCCUUAGUGAGGCACUUGUAGGGUAACUUCUGGAUUCUUCUUAGGGAGUCACAAGUGUUGUAGAGGAAAAGUCCUGUUCGUGACUUCAUGAGCGUGCAGGCUCAUCGGACUCCUCCAGUUUUCCCAUUCCCCCCUUGGAGGCCGGAGUUUUGAAAUGGGAGAACAGAAUAGUUUUGGAUUUGAAGCCAUGAGUGACACUGUUAUGUUAACUAUAUAUAUGUAGCGCCUGCCUAUUCUUUAUUAUUAAUAAACAUUGAGGGAUUUACCUAGAAUUAUUUUCCUUCUGGUCUAAAUUAAAUCAUGACUAUUGCAGCUAAGAUCAUGAGUAUUGUGGUUGCGGAUAAGUAGCUCAAGUUAGAUAAAGUUUUUUUGUUUUAAUAGCCAGUGGCUGGGUAUAAACUAAUGUUGCUAGUGAACUUACUGUUCUGCACCACUCUUUGCAAACAGCUUGGUAGGUUCUUUUUUUGGACUGAGAUCCCCUGGAAAUGGGUGUGUGUUUCUCCAUAUUUUUAAGUCUAGAAGAUGCACCUGAUGGAGGACUUUCUGAGGAAUAUUUCUGACAAAGUGUUUUUGAAAAGUGAACUGCAAAAGACAUUAUUUAAAGUUCUUGGAAGAGGAGCCUGAAAGGAAAUAGAAUGGCUGUGAGCAUGGAUGAUGAUGUUCCCCUCAUUCUCACUUUGGAUGAGAGUGGAAGUAACACCUCUGCACCCAAUGAGGAGCUGGAGCGGGAGGACCUGCCUAAUGAAAAUGGAGGCAGCUAUGACAUUGUUAACGAUGUGUCUAGCCCAGCAACAGGGGACUACCAUUCUCAGCAAAGAUCUGCUAGACACAACUGGGAAAUGAACUACCAAGAGGCAGCAAUCUACCUCCAGGAAGGAGAAAACAAUGAUAAAUUCUUCACCCACCCCAAGAAUGCCAAAGCACUGGCUGCCUACCUCUUUGUACACAAUCACCUUUUCUACCUAAUGGAGCUGAUCACGGCACUGCUGCUCCUGCUGCUGUCCCUCUGCGAGGCCCCUGCUGUCCCCAUUCUUCGCCUUGGCAUCUAUAUCCAUGCCACCCUGGAGCUCUUUGCGUUAGUGGUUGUGGUCUUUGAACUUUCUAUGAAGAUGAGAUGGAUGGGCUUCUACACCUAUAUCAGACACAAAAGAACCAUGGUUAAGACCUGUGUGCUGUUAGUGCAGUUUGUAGAAGCAAUAGUGGUUUUGGUGCGUCAGACCUCGCACGUCCGGAUAACAAGAGCUUUGCGGUGUAUCUUCUUGGUGGACUGUCGCUACUGUGGAGCGGUCAGAAGAAACCUGCGACAGAUCUUCCAGUCUCUCCCUCCUUUUAUUGACAUCCUCCUCCUCCUCCUUUUCUUCAUGGUGAUUUUUGCCAUCCUAGGUUUUUAUCUGUUUUCCUCUAACCACUCAGAUCCUUAUUUCAAUACCUUAGAGAACAGCCUUGUGAAUCUCUUUGUUCUUCUGACCACUUCAAAUUUCCCUGAUGUGAUGAUGCCAUCUUACUCCCGGAACCCCUGGUCCUGUGUCUUCUUCAUAGUGUACCUCUCCAUUGAGCUCUACUUCAUUAUGAACUUGCUUCUUGCUGUGGUGUUUGACACGUUCAGUGAUAUUGAAAAGAGGAAGUUCAAGUCCCUGCUGCUGCACAAACGCACAGCCAUACAACACGCCUACCGCCUGCUUGUCAGCAAGCAGAGACCAUCUGGUAUCUCCUUCAAGCAGUUUGAAGGGCUGAUGCGGUUUUAUAAGCCUCGGAUGUGCGCCAGAGAACGUUAUCUAACUUUCAAAGCACUGAAUCAAAGCAAUACAGCUUUAGUCAGCCUAAAGGAUUUCUACAAUUUCUAUGAAGUUGUUGGCUUAAAAUGGAAGGCAAAACGAAACCGCGAGCACUGGUUUGAUGACCUUCCACGGACAGCGUUUCUUAUAUUUAAAGGCAUUAACAUUCUGGUGAAGUCCCGAGCAUUCCAGUAUGCCAUGUAUACUGUGGUAGCUGUGAAUGGGAUCUGGAUUCUAAUUCAAACCUUCAUGCUGCAAGGUGGGAACUUCUUCCCCAGAGAUGUCCCGUGGAGUUACAUCGUCUUCCUCACGAUCUAUGGGGUAGAGCUGCUCCUGAAAACCACUGGCCUGGGACCCAUUGAGUAUCUGUCUUCUGGAUGGAAUCUCUUUGAUUUUUCAGUCACCCUGUUUGCAUUUCUGGGUCUCCUGGCGCUGGCAUUUAACAUGGAGCCAUUCUACUUCAUCGUCGUCCUGCGACCCCUUCAACUGCUCAGGCUCUUUAAACUGAAGAAGCGCUACAGGAAUGUCCUGGACACAAUGUUUGAGUUAUUCCCCAGGAUGGCCAGCCUGGGCUUAACCCUGCUUAUCUUCUACUACUCCUUCGCCAUUGUCGGCAUGGAAUUCUUCUCUGGGGUUGUCUACCCAAACUGCUGCAACACGAGUACAGUUGCAGAUGCCUAUCGCUGGGUGAAUCACACGGUUGGAAACAAGACAGUGGUGGAAGAAGGUUACUACUAUCUGAACAACUUUGACAACAUUUUGAACAGCUUUGUUACGCUGUUUGAGUUGACAGUUGUCAAUGACUGGUACAUCAUCAUGGAAGGGGUGACCUCGCAAACCUCUCACUGGAGUCGCCUCUACUUCAUGAUCUUCUAUAUCGUGACCAUGGUGGUGAUGACGAUCAUUGUGGCCUUUAUACUGGAGGCUUUUGUGUUCCGCAUGAACUACACCCGAAAGAACCAAGGUUCAGAAGACGACAAUGGCAUUGUCCUGGAGAAGGAGAUCUCCAAGGAGGAAAUGGCAAGCAUAAUUGAGCUCUACAGACGGAAUUAUGCUGCCUCUGAAACUGCCCCGCUGCAAAAGGUCAUUGCACAAAUGGACAAAUAUGAGCAAACAUCAAUGCUGUUUCUGGGACGGCGAUCAAGGACCAAAAGUGACUUAAGUAUGAAAAUGUAUGAGGAGGAGAUACAGGAGUGGUAUGAAGAGCAUUCCAGAAAAGAAGAAUAUCCGUGGCAAGAUGUCUUCCCGUCUGGCAACCACAUGCUGUCCUCGGGCCUCAGGCAGCGCUCACAGACAGUUAUCUAGGCCAAGCUAGUGCAAACCAUUCUUCUAUGCAAUAAUCCCAUAGUAUUAUUUUAUAAUGUAUAUAGAUAUAUUCAGUAUAUCAGUCAAAUUUUGGUUUUAAACAUCUCUUCCCCUGGAAGACAUCAUGAGUUGCUUUGAAUAAAUGAAAAGCAAAGAACCAGAGGACUCAAAAUAGGACUGCUGGAACCAAAAAAAAAUAUAUAAAGUUAUAAUAUAACUCUUCAGCAAGACCCUAUCGCUGCAACUGUGACUGAUGACCAUCUACUACAGAAUACUCAGUUGUUCUUCCUGGCCUGUUCUUCCCCAACACGGGCCCACGACUAGUUUUACCAGUCGGAAACCAUGGGGAGGGAUAUUUAAUCCUUUGGAAGAAGGAAAUAAUACUGAACCCACCUGCUAAUAUUGAAGUUCUGUGCUUAAAAUAUAGUUUCUUUAACCCAUUAAUUCUUAAAUAAAAGAAUCAGGGAGCAAGUUUGUAUUUCCCUCCCCAUCUAGUAUCCAGCAAGGUGGGGUUGGAUGAGAAGUUUACCACUUUAAUCUACACCCAUUCUGCCUCUUCCUAACUACCUAGGCUUAUUGACCAUUCUAGAGACACUCCCUGUUUCAUUCCUGAAUAGCUCAUCCAACCUCUUAAAUCUGUUCUUUGGAGGAUGGCUGUAGGACUGAGAUCCAGUAGUUCUUUGGAUCCUUACUAAAAGUGAUGAGACUUGACAGAGUUCUGGAUCAAUGCCCUUGCUGAAGCUAUCAAAGUUCUCUCUCUAGUGUUCUGUGCUAUACAGGCUGGGAGCCAUUUGACAAGUCCCAAAACUCUGGCGAUCUGGUAGUAGGUGAGAUGCAAAUUCCACAGGACGGUGAUGCUGAGCCUUUGCCAUUCCACCCUCCAGUUUAUAAGUGGAAGAUCUUUGCCUGGUAUGAGAAUGAGACAGCACAAGGUUAGUGACUGAGCUUCAGUGGGGCUGGAUUGAGAAGUGCUGGGGAGGUGUGUGUGCAUGUGCCUGCACAGCAUCUCUGUGCAGUCACCAACAGGGUAACGUCACCUUUGAUUUCCCAGGCAGGUUGACAUGACCACAAGGGAACUUUUCUCCUUUGCCGCCUCUCUCGCAAAAACUUGGCGAGCUCUGGGAACCACUAUUUUAUGAAUCAGGGCCAGUUUGGGAAGCUUUUCUAAUGGGAGAACUGGACUUAGAGAUGUGGAAAACAACUCUUCCAUCCACCUGCCCUUCUGUAUCAUACAUAGAGGCAGCUCUGCUCUGUUCUGUGCUCUGACUUGCUCCGGGACCGUGGGCAAGGUCACUUAAUCUGUGUGCGCUUCUGUUUCCACACAAUGGGAGUAAUGAAGCCCACUUGCGUAAAGCAGGCCACAGUCUGUGUAUGGAAAGUGCUGAGUAUUAUAAAAGCAUGGAGUCAUGGCACAUGUGCAUUGGCAGAUCAAAGGAGAGGUUGCCAUGGCAUCUCACCUUUGAAAUUUGCUCUCUCCAGUGGGUGGGCCCCUCUAAAUGAAGUGAGCUUUUAGGAAUCCCUUUGGCAAUCUGCACUCCAAAACUAUUGCAUAGGAGACUGCCUCCCUCCUAAGUCAGACAGCAUUAAUCCUAAUACCACCUCAUCCUUGGAGUUAUAGACCCACUGUGAGGGACCAUAUUGCACUAUAUUGAGCGAAGGAAGGGAAAGAGUUUCCUCAGCUGGCUGCACUGUUCAUUUAGGAGCUGCUUUGUCAUUCCCAUUAUGGCCUAUGGUGAGAUUUUUCAAAAGCAUCUCAAAGUCUUAAGAGCCCAGUUCCUGAUGAUUUAAGUCUCACGUGGUUUUGACAACCUCGCCCUCUAUGGGUAGUGGUUCAGAGUGUUCUGAUUAAGUGAAUGAGAUGGUAGUCACCACGCCUGCACCCAUUGCAUGCUGCUUGUCCUCACUGCUGCAUUCUGGGAAUUCAUUGGAUACCCAAAUGAAACUCUCUGCUUCCUUUUUGUGUGCAGUGGACUCCAGAGUUAUGACGUGACACCUGAGCCCUGCCGAGUUUCCCUCUUGAGAAAUCGGGGCCAUUUUCCAAAUUGUGUAUCUCACAUCCAGGACACUCACUGAUGGGCAGCCCUGAAAAGAGCACAUCUGCUGCUACGCCUGGAAUCCUAGCUCUGGCGUUCCACUCUACACUAGUCUCUAGAUGCUGCAGAAGCACAACUUCUAUUCGUUGCUGGCAGGAUGGAAAGCACCAGGAUUGUAAGGGUUAAAAACAAAUGCAGCUGUUAGGGAAGUAAAAAAAAGAUGAUUUUCAAAGCCAUCAUUCAGGCCUUUUUGCACUCCUGGGGGCACGGGGACUAUAUAAAGGGGGUAUGAACCUGCAGAACAUGGAGUUUUCAAGAGAGAACUCGUGAUGAAGGGUGCACAGGAUUGCUGAAAGACGUGUUCCAGAGUAAAAGUGCUACUCUGCCUUCUGUGGUUUUACUGCUGAGAUUUUGAUCUGGCCUGAAAUAUCCACUGUAUUUUUUUUUUUUUUUUUUUUUUUUUUUAACUGAGGUUUGUAGAGGUUACUUUUUCCAAAUGACUUAACAGUCGCAAGGGGAAAAAGUUUGAGUACGGGGCAUCCCCUUCCAAUUGUCCUCCCCAUCCCCUUCGUAGACACUGACUUACCGUAACUACAAAGACAAUCAUUUUAUAGGGAUAAGGGAGGAAACACUGCAGGGUUUUGUAUGCUGGCGGUUAGUUUAUAAAUAACUUUAUGGACAUGUCUGUACAACAGCCUGUAGAUUUUCAGGCACAUUAAUAAAAACAC